AUGUUGAUGUUGCUCUGCUUGCAGAUAAAUAGAAAAGCACAAGAAGAUCCAGCCUACAAGGAGAUCCCAGUGGGAGUGAUUCUGGAUAUGGGAUCAUCAUAUUCAUAUUCUGGGGUUGGAAGGAGUGUUCAGAGCUGCAUCACCAUGGCAGUGUCUGAGUUUUACAUGGUCAACCCUCACUUCCAAACAAGGAUAGUUGUUCACCCUCUUGAUCUUUUGGAGAAGCCGAAAGUGGAAGCAAUCAUAGGUUCAGAGUCAACAGCCGAAGCAAAGUUGCUGGCAGUAUUGGGAGACAAUGCUAGAGUGCCCAUUCUUUCACUUUCACCAUGUCUAUCUUGCAACAAGCAUCCUUAUUUCCUUCAAGUUACACAAGAUGAAACCAGUCAAUUUGAAGGGAUUGCUGCAAUGGCUGAAUCCUUUAGAUGGAAGGAAGUUAUCCUUAUCUGUGAGGACAGUGAUAGUGGAAGAGAUAUGACAAAUACUCUCCAAACAAAGAGCAUACUUGUAACACAUAGGAGCCUAAUUUCAACCUCUUCUAGCAAUGAACUACUCCAGGAAGAGCUUCACAAGCUGUCGACUAUGCAGACAAAAGUAUUCAUCAUGCAUGCUUCCCCUUGUGUUGCAUCCCACCUUUUGGUGAAUGCAAAGCAUCUAGGCAUGAUGGAUAAAGGAUACAAAUGGAUUAUCACCGGUAAGACUAUGAAGUUUCUGAAUUUGCUGGAGGAUGAAGUUAUUGAGUGUAUGCAAGGGGCAGUGGGUUUUAAAUCAUACGUUCCACAAUCAAGAAAUGUUCAAAAUUUCACUUCUAGAUGGAGAAGGAAAUAUCAUGUGAUGGUGAAGCUGAAGGAGAUAAAUAGUUAUGCUCUUUGGGUGUACGGUGCAGUUUCAGCUCUAGCAGUGGCUGUAGAGCAAGUUGAACAACUGAAGAGAAAAGAUGUGGAAACAACUGCUAGUGACCUGACUCAAAGCCAAAGGGGCACAACACUUCUUCUGAAUGAGAUGUUAAGCAUCUCAUUUCAUGGUUUAGGUGGUGCUUUCCAACUUACAAAUGGGAAUGGGGAAAUCAAUGCUGCACAAGUCAUCGAAAUAAUAAAUGUGAUGGAUAAAGGAGAAAAGAGGGUUGGAUUUUGGACAAGGGAUGCUGGUUUCACCAAAAAGAUAGGUAGGUUGAAUAAAUCACUUUCUGAUGAGGGUCUGGAAGCCAUCAUCUGGCCUAAAGCUAAAGGAGGUAAUCCAUCACAAACACAUAGGAUGCUACAACUACAAGUGAGUAGCAAAAUCCUCAGAAUUGGCAUUCCAGGGGUACUUGGAGUGUCAAAAGCUUCUCAAGUGAAAUACGACGCUCAAAGCAAUGCGACAGUCGUUUCAGGGUUUUGUGCAGACGUAUUCCGAAUCGCCUUCAAAGGAUUAGGUCGUGACAUAUCCUUUCAAUUCUUUCCAUUUACUGGAGAAGAUGGAAUAGUAAAUUACAACGAUCUUAUAUAUCGAGUCUAUACUGGGGAAUUUGAUGCUGCAGUUGGAGAUAUAACAAUCACGGCAAACAGAAGUCUAUAUGUUGACUUUACACAGUCAUUUACUGAUCUUGGCCUUGGAAUGUUGUCUCGAAACACCCAUGCAGGCAUGUGGAUCUUUAUGGAACCACUGAGUUCAGAUCUGUGGCUUGUGUCUGCUUGUUUCUUUAUAUUACUCGGUUUUGUCAUUUGGAUUCUUGAACAUCAGACAAAUAAAGAGUUUCAAGACUCAUCAUCACAACAGAUUGGAACAACUUUAUGGUUUGCCUUUUCGACCCUUGUUUUUGCUCAUAGGCAGAAGCUGCAUAGUAAUUUGUCAAGAUUUGUAGUGAUUGUGUGGUUGUUUGUAGUGCUGGUACUUGCUUCAAGCUACCCUGCAACCUUGAGUUCACUAUUCACCAUUGAACAAAUUCGGUUAGCAUCAAACAGAGACUCAAUUGGAUACCAAGGUGGUUCCUUUGUGAUGGGAGAUAUUGUUAGGAAUUUGAAUUUUAAAGACACCCGGUUAAAGCCAUAUUAUACAACAGAUGAAUAUGUUGAUGCUUUAUCACACGGGAGCAAGAAUGGUGGUGUUGAUGCAAUUAUUGAUGAAAUUCCAUACCUGAAGGGAUUCCUAGCUCAGUAUCCAUCUGGCUACUCCAUGGUUGUGUCUGAAGUCACCACUAGUGGUUUUGGCUUUGUAUUCCCGUUAGGUUCACCCUUGGUCCCUGAGUUAUCAAGACAGAUUUCCAGACUACGAGAAAAUGGGAGCUUAGCAAAGUUGGAGAAGAAGUACUGUUUUAAAUCAAAUCAACAGUCAAAGGAUUCCGAGCAUGCUUCAAAGAUUCUAAACCUGAAAGACUGUCGUGGUCUGUUUCUUAUUAGUGGAGUCUCAAUGGCUGUGGCCCUUUCCAUAUUCUUGUUUUAUUUUAUUCAUGAGAAACUGCAUUUCACAUACACAAUGCUGGCUGGAGGAAAACUUGCAUUCAUAAUGAGGAUUCUCAACCCUAAACCGGUGGUUGAAACAAGAUGAUCCAAACCAAACAACAACUACAACUAUGCCAUUCAUCUUCUCUAUGUUUAUUCCUUUCUAGCUUCUAGGCUCAGGCAUAUGAAGAUUCAUUAGUAAACUUGUUUAUCUCUCCAAUUUCUCCUUUUAGUCGUGUAGUUUUUUUAAUCAAUGUUGAAUGUUUAACAUCUUGUUGAUCAUGUUUCAAACAUUCCUUUCUAUACUUGUUUUUUUUAGAUGUAGUCAAUUAUGAGGUUCAAAAACUGUCACUUCAUUUUUAGCUUUGCAAUUGUUUGUAUUAAACCUCCACCCUUUCUACAACUGGAUCACAACAGUUGGCCGUUGUUGC